AUGCUAAGAGCAUUGUUUGGUUAUGAAAAACACUUCCAGAUGGUUGACGACGUGUAUAAAACAGGAACCAUGGGUGAAGAGAAGUUAUCAAGACUUAUAACAUAUUUGAAGUCAAAGACGUCCACUGUACCAAGCACGCUCGACUAUCUAAGGGCAAGGGCAAGAGAGGAGGUGCAAGUCACGCAUAGGCUUAAGACCGGGUCAAGAGUUUUGAGGCAAAUUAUUGAUCAGCUGAGGGGGGUGUCCAUUUGCUAUGAGUCACGGAUGAUAAGGAUAUUUGCAGGGGUGAUUCAGGAGAUCCUGCAACUGAAGAAGGACGGCAACUUCGAGUACUCUGAUCACCAGGAAUUCCUAGAUGUAUUUAUACACUUCUUCAAGACUGUGCCGAUUAGAGCAUAUGAGAGUGAGAGAUAUAUCCAAAAGAUUCUUUUUAUUGCGACAAAAGCAGCUGGGGGGCUUGCCACUAUUGAAUAUGGGAUGAGUGAUGAUAAUUAUGUGGAGAACACUGGAAGGAGGAUGCACUCGGGGGCUAGUGGUUCUUCUGACGAUGUAGGCGGCCGGUAUAGCCCCAAGAGGAGCAUAUGUGAAGGGAGAGGAGAGAUAUCCAAUGCUAGGUUUGAGUACUUCUUUUUGGAGGUUAUACAUACGCUCAUGGAGGUGGAAGAUAUUCUCCGGAUCUACUAUGACGAGAAAUAUAAAUGGCUUGUGGGAUCUCUUAUGAAGCAUGGAGAGGUGAAUAGUGCAAAGAGAACAGAGAUAUUCAGACUUGUAGCUCGAAAGGCAAACAUCAUUAGCGGGAACAGUCUUAUCUAUCACAUGUUGAAGCAUGCGAGCUGGAUAAAGAAGUCUUGUGUGGGAAUCCUCACAGAAUAUCUUGAGUCGAAUCUCUAUCCUCAGAUCAUUCUCCAGGUCAACAUGAAUAUCCUGGAAAGGGGAGGAAGGUUAUGCAGAAAGGAAGGAUCUGACAAUAGCAGUGUGGUCAAGGAAUGUGAAUUUCUUGUGGGAGAAGCCACGGGUGUCCUGAAAAGGUAUGAUGUGAUGCAUCUGAACCAGAAGGAGAUAGUCCUGAGCUUUUUCAGUAUUUUUGAAAUGUUCUUUUCCCAAGAGGACGGCGAGUUUUUGUUUAUAAUUCCAUACAUAAGAGAGUAUUUUGAGAAAUGUAAGCCGAUAUCGGACAUAUUCUAUAGGUUCCUCAAGAAGAUUUUUCAGGAGCGGAAGCCCAACAAAUAUACACGAAACCUCAAGGUCACCAUGUUUGGAGAGAUCCAAAGAUACUUUGUUGUUCAUUCGAACUGUGUUCCCAGCACGAGAUUCAUAACUCUUCUUUUGAAUUACACGGGGGAUGAAUCUAUGUCUUUUUGCUGCAAGAUAUUGUACCUGACAAAGGAUUACUUCAUGGCCCGGACGCUGAAGCCUUUUAUAAAGGAAAGGGUUAUGGGGCGGCUUCGGGUGCUCUUCCACGAGACUGAUAACAAGGACAUACUGUAUCUCUUGAUGGACCUUGUUGAGCAUGACAUUUCUAGAGAUGACCAUUACAAGAUACUGUGUCUCCUGAACACCAGGAAGGUUUUGAACGAACAGCUGGUUCGGGAAUUAUACAAAGGCCGCUAUUCCAGCAUUGAGGAGGCUUUAUUUUCCGAGUUUGGAUGUGAGGUGUUGGAGCCCUAUGACCUAGAACUAGACAAAAGAAUGUAUGAGGGAGGAAGUGGAGGAAGUAAAGGUUGCGAGAACGAGGUCUGUGGGGAAAAGCCUUUAAGAUGUACUCGGAUAGCUCUGAUUGAUUAUGAGAAGCAUUUCAGAUGA